AUGAGUAUACUAAAUGACCUGCCCGUAGAGGGUGUCAUCCCAGAAGACGACGAAGAGGAACAAGAGGAAGAGGAAGAUAAUAACCCUUUUGCAGGAACUGCACACAUGUUUGCAUCGGGGGUUGCGUCUGUGCCUGACCAUAUAGCUACAGGAUCUGCUGUACGGGGCACGGUGUUGUCCGCUGGUGCACCGCAGUAUCUUUACGAUGAGGAUGAGGUGGGUGAUGAGGUGGCCGCAGCAGGGUCCGCGGACCCCACCGCGGAUCUCAAACGGUACGAUGGUGACACCCCUGACGUUUCGUCCUCGGACUCAUCGCGAGGGUCUACACACCAGGGCAGCAGCACGAUUUCACCGCACUCCAAGUACGAACCUUAUGAAACGCUGACUAUGUCGAUGGCCGUGCCGCCUGUGGAUAACCAGCCGCUGGAUUCCCUGGAUGGCACAGAACGCAUCUCGAUAGUGGACUCAGGGGACUUCAAGGACCCCUGGGGCAAGCACGCCAUCGGGUACGUCAUCAGGACUGCGCAGGGAGGGGAAGUCAUACGACGGUACUCGGAAUUUGCAUCGUUGCACCAGGUACUCAUGAAAUUGCUCCCCACUAUAGUCAUCCCACCGAUCCCCUCGAAACAUCCGCUACUCAAGUACUUCCUGAACCCGAUCAACGCGCAGAACGACGCAAAGAUCAUAGAGAAGCGUAAAAGGCGGUUCGUGUCCUUCCUUAACGAGUGCAACCGUGUUGCAGAGAUCAGAUCGCACAUCGUGUUCCAGAAGUUCUUAGACCCAGAGUACAACUGGAAGGACGUCCUCAAUUCACCACCCGUAACGGUCUUGCCCCUCAGCAACCUACUGGCGCCACCGCUCAACCCUACAAAACCAAGCCCACUACAUAUUCUCUUGCCCUCGCCGAGAACACUCACAAAGGUGAAACCUCUCGUGGACAGAAGGGACUCCGAUACAGAGAAGGAGUUUGCUCUCUACGAGGAGAAACUCGCCCGCUACAUGGCCCGAUUCCACCCGCUCCAUGCGAGCGUGAAACAGACAAACAACCACGUACACACUCUGUCCUCGCAGAUAGCUGAACUCGGGGCAUACUACAACGCCUUCUCCCUCGAGAACAGGGACCAAGCGGCGGGCCGCGUGUGCGAGAGCAUUGAGAAGAUCGGCCACUCGUUCGACGUCACAUACGUAAGCCUCGAGAUGCUUGCGGAGAGCGUGCACAAUCUGGUUGAAGAACCCCUCGACGACAUCGUCAAAUACCUUCAGGACUCCAAGCGCGUCAUCGUGUUCAAGGACCUUAAGUACGCGCAGCGACAAAUCAUUAAAGCCACCAUCAAGAAACGUACGGCGAGAUUCGACGAGCUCGCGGAGUUUGGUAAAAAGUUGAAGAAACUGGACUCCGCGGUCAUAAGGGAUGUCGCUGCCUCGUCAUACGUGGAACCCGCUGAGUCCACGUCCCCUGAAUCUCCCACGUCACCAACGAACUUGUCCAGCUCGGUCGUCAGCCACACGGAACAGGUCGUUCAGUUCCAAUUGCAGAGGAAUAAGCGCCGUCUGGGGAAGAACGCGGUCAACAAGCGUGGACAGGUUGAACCCGAGUUUCUAACGACGAUGGAGCGGGAGGAGGAGACGAAGCGGCUUGCCAGGGAGCUUUCGAAACUCCGCGAAUGUGAGCGGCUGAUUGACCGUGACAUCGAGCAAGUCAACGCGUCCGCUUUGAACAGUCUCAAGAGCCUUGUCGAGCACAUUGACUCUACCGCUGAGCUGCUGUUGAAGUCCAUCACAAGAGCGAUCAUCGACUGGAUCAAGGAGUGUUUGAAAGCUUGGCAAACCGCCAGGGCGAGCAUCGGAGACCUCUAG